CCUGUUUCCCUGCAGUCCUCCCUCUCUCCGCCUUGGGUGGUGGCCGCUGCCUCGUCGCCGCUGCCGGGCACAGGGCGGAGGCGGCCGCGACCCGGUGCGGACCCCGCCGCCCCCUCCCUGCCUCCCGCGCCGAGCAGCCCCGCGGCGGCGGCGCAGCCCCGAUGCAGGCCAUCAAGUGUGUCGUGGUGGGCGACGGUGCUGUAGGUAAAACAUGCCUACUCAUCAGUUACACAACCAAUGCAUUCCCUGGAGAAUAUAUACCCACUGUUUUUGACAACUACUCUGCUAAUGUAAUGGUUGAUGGGAAACCAGUCAACCUGGGCUUGUGGGAUACAGCUGGACAAGAGGACUAUGACAGACUGCGCCCGCUCUCCUAUCCACAAACAGACGUGUUCCUCAUCUGCUUUUCCCUUGUGAGCCCGGCCUCCUUUGAAAAUGUCCGUGCGAAGUGGUAUCCUGAGGUGCGGCACCACUGCCCCAACACCCCCAUCAUCCUAGUGGGCACCAAACUCGACCUCCGAGAUGAUAAAGACACUAUUGAAAAACUGAAGGAGAAGAAGCUGACGCCCAUCACCUACCCACAGGGCCUCGCCAUGGCGAAAGAGAUCGGUGCCGUGAAGUACCUAGAAUGCUCAGCACUUACGCAGCGAGGCCUCAAGACAGUGUUCGAUGAAGCCAUUCGAGCAGUUCUGUGCCCCCCUCCUGUAAAGAAGAGGAAGAGAAAAUGCCUGCUGCUGUAAUGCCCCCGCGAACCCUGUGCUCUGCUCGGACAAGGGAGCACUCACAUCCAAUGCCAAGUUUUUCUGUUAUAAAUUAGUUCUCUUCCAUACAUUUUUUUGAACCAAUCAACAAUUUCAUGGUUUCAUUUGUUUAAAGUCUGAAAGUUACUUUUCAUUCUACUAAAAGCAAAAUCCUAAAAAGACAAACCUAUGUAAAGCCUUAUUUUUAAAAUCCUAUUCUUGCUCAAUUAAUUAAUUAAGUGUUGCCAAACUAUCUGCUGAACUAAGUUGCAUUGUUGUGCUACAAACACUAAGCACUAAACUUUUUUAAAGAUUCUUCUUGAAGAUGACUCUAAUUUGUGUUAGGAAAUGCAAAAACACUUUCUAGUUUUUCACAGUGAGUAACAGUACAGUAUAAUUAGCAAAACACUGCAGUCUAAUGUGUUUUAUCCGAUGUUUCCUUGGCCUGCAGUCGUUGCCUACCGUUGUGUAUGGAACCUAAAUCAUUGACAAUGACUGACAACCUUGAGUCACAGUGUAAGAGCUUUAUCAUUGGUAAGGGCUUGGUUGCAAUCUAGUUAUUGUUGCUGUGAUUUAAAAAGAAAUAAAUAACUAUUCUUACUGAAGUGUAUCUGCUCCUUCUGACAGCAUUGUAUUGUGCAAGUGAAACAUGGGGUUGCACCAGAUGAUAGUGCCAGGCAGUAUUUUGACACUGCACAGAUCAGUUUUACACUACACUGUCAAAGUAGUUCAAACUGAAUUGACAUUUUCUAUAGGUUAAAAAUUGGUGAAGGCUUUCCCAGACCUGCAGUAGCAGAAGAGAGGUUGAUGUUCAUAAGUAAAUUCCUUUGAGUUUCAAGUAGGGCAUUCAUUUAGUUACAACUUUGAACCAAACAUUCCCACAACUGUUGCCUAGUAAUUGCUUUUCUUGUAGAAUUUCUUCUUACUAAGCAAUAUAACUUGUAUUUUAAGCCCUUUCUCAUGAUAGAAUUUUGCCUUUUUUUUUUUUUUUUUAGAUUAGAAUAUUCAAGCAUAUCUUUAUUUCGUGUUUCUUCUGGCCCAGUAAGUUAAACGCUUUCUGAGGAGCUUUUAGUCUACUAACUAGGUGUAAAAAUCAUGUGAAGCAGCUUUACAAGUUUUAGUAAUUUUUAUAUUUUAGGCCUCUAUAAACGAUGAACCUUCUCUAAUAUCACUAUUUGUCAACUAUCCUCCCCGCCCCAACAUUACUAAUGCAGACAAGCGCCUCUGUCGCCUCCAUGUCCAUGUGCAUUCUAGGCUGAGUAAUGGUAACCUGGGUCUGUGAGGUUCUGUAAACUAGUGCUAAUGUUCUGUACAUCCUAAACA